AUUCGCUCAUUAUCAGGUAAAAUACAUUACCAGUUUUUGAAGGAUGUGUUAUUUGAAUCCUGUCCGGCACCCGUAGGGCACGCCUAUGCGUCUGCGCACCCGGAAGUUAAAUAGUGGUAACAAAGCAGCGGAUUCAGCAGACAAUUACACAUCAUCAGCAUCAUGUCGGAUAAAAGUGAGCUGAAAGCCGAGCUUGAGCGAAAGAAACAACGUCUGGCUCAAAUCAGAGAAGAGAAGAAAAGAAAAGAAGAAGAGCGUAAGAAGAAAGAGGCUGAGCUAAAGAAAGAAGCUGUACCACUGCAGGAUGAUUCAGACCUGGAGAAGAAGCGCAGAGAAGCCGAUGCCCUCUUACAGAGUAUGGGCAUCACAUCGGAUGUGCCGUCUGUUCCUGCACCAAUGUCUCCUACGGCCAAAUCUGUGAGCACUCCAAGUGAGGCAGGGAGCCAAGACUCAGGCGAGGGUGCGGCCGGACCAAGGACUCUACACUGGGACUCUGACCCCUCAACAGUUCUUCUUCACUCUGAGAUGGGACGUGGUCCAGUGAAGUUGGCUAUGGCAAAGGUGACCCAUGUGGAUUUUCCACCCAAAGAGGUCGUGUCUUAUACCAAAGAGACGCAAACGCCAACAAUGACUGAACAGAAAGAGGAGGAAGAGGAGGAGGAAGAGUCUCCUACCCCCCAACCAGCCGUCGAGGCAGAGAAAGAAAAGCCUGUGGAAAACCAGGAAGAAGAAGCCGGGCCUCAUGAGCUGACAGAGGAGGAGAAGUUACAGAUCCUGCACACAGAGGAGUUUAUGGAGUUUUUCGAUCAUAGCACGCGUAUCAUCGAGCGUGCUCUCUCCGAACAUGUGGACGUUUUCUUCGAUUACAGCGGCCGUGACAUGGAGGAGAAGGAGGGAGAGAUGCAGGCUGGAGCCAAAUUGUCUUUAAACAGGCAGUUUAUUGAUGAGCGCUGGUCUAAACAAAGAGUCGUCACCUGUCUGGAUUGGUCACCACAGUAUCCAGAGUUGCUGGUUGCCUCUUAUAACAACAAUGAAGACGCCCCACAUGAGCCCGAUGGGGUGGCUUUGGUCUGGAAUAUGAAAUACAAGAAGACCACACCGGAGUAUGUCUUCCACUGUCAGUCUGCAGUCAUGUCUGCAGCGUUUGCAAAGUUUCAUCCUAACCUGGUGGUUGGUGGGACUUACUCGGGACAGAUCGUCCUGUGGGACAACAGAAGUAACAGGCGCACACCGGUCCAGAGGACACCUCUGUCUGCUGCUGCACAUACGCACCCCGUGUACUGUGUUAAUGUGGUGGGCACACAAAACGCUCAUAAUCUCAUCAGCAUCUCUACUGAUGGAAAGAUGUGCUCAUGGAGUCUGGACAUGCUGUCCCAGCCGCAGGACAGUAUGGAGCUGGUGUUUAAGCAGUCAAAAUCUGUGGCGGUAACCUCGAUGUCCUUUCCUCUGGGUGAUGUUAAUAACUUUGUGGUGGGCAGUGAAGAUGGAUCAGUCUACACAGCCUGUCGUCACGGCAGUCGAGCAGGUAUCAGUGAGAUGUUUGAGGGCCAUCAUGGCCCGGUCACAGGGAUUCACUGUCACACGGCAGCGGGGCCAGUAGAUUUCUCUCAUCUCUUCCUCUCGGCCUCAUUUGAUUGGACCGUUAAACUCUGGAGCAACAAGAAUAACAAGCCACUGUAUUCAUUUGAGGAUAAUUCGGAUUAUGUUUAUGAUGUCAUGUGGUCUCCGGUCCACCCCGCUCUCUUUGCUUGUGUGGAUGGACUUGGACGAGUCGACCUGUGGAAUCUUAACAAUGACACAGAGGUGCCCACUGCCAGCGUGGCUGUAGAGGGAAGUCCGGCUCUGAACAGACUGCGGUGGUCUCAGUCAGGCAGAGAGAUUGCGGUUGGAGACUCCGAGGGACAGAUCCACAUUUAUGAUGUUGGAGAGCAAAUCGCAGUGCCACGCAUUGACGAAUGGACGCGCUUUGUGCGGACGCUGGUGGAGAUUAACGAAAACCGCGAUGACGCGGAGGAACUGGCCGCCCAACGGCUUGCCGCCUGAUCGUCAUGGAAACCAGCAUCAGGCCUCAGACAGUGACAGCUGUAAUCAUCUCUUGCUUUGGAAAUGAAAUGAAUUAUGAUUUUCACGUGCAAACCUUUUGAUAUUCUACCUUUUGUUUGGAAUACAAAUCAGAAGCAUUGACCGGAGUCAUUUAUAGAUACUCUUCCCGAGACCACAAGCCUUAACUAUUGCAUGCAAAAAAUUUAACAAUGAAUGUUUUUCAAUUUAUAUCCAGCCUCAUAAAUCUAUUAUGCACAUGCAAACAGGAAGCAUCUACACGUGUGAAUUUCGUACAUCUGUUUGGGUCAUAUUUAACCUCGAAAGCAAGAAAUAAUAAUAAAUCAUAUUUUGCAUAAAGAAAUCAAAGCCUUUUUUUAUGUGAUAGUUUUGUGCUACGCAAUAAAGUAAAUGUGCAAAUUACAUUUGAUCCAGGAGGUGUUUUAUUGUCACAAAAAUUUUACUGGUCCUAAAAAAAGACUUUAUUUUCUUUGACCAAAAUCGAGCAUUUUUGACCUAGACAACAUUUAAAAUUCACUCAAACACCAAUAUUAGUAUCCAUUAUGAUGAAUGUCUUGUUUUGAAUCAGAGAUCUCUACCUCUGUAAUCUGUCCGUCUGCUCCAUGACAGUUCAGCUUCAUCUCUUCAGUUGGGUGUUGAUUUCUGUAGCUGUGGACCAAAUGCUGGAGUGAUUUAUCACCUGUUUUUCUUAUGCUAUUUUCUUGCUCUGAAGUGUUGUUAUAUGUGAAACCUUGUUUAUCUCUUCCUAAACAAAGACACAUAUACUGUGGUAAUGAGUUUUUCUUCCAGUAUUACACGUCUGUUUGAAAGCAAGGGUCUCUUGAAAUGUCAUUUUCUACAGACUCUUUUUCUAAGCCAAACCUUUGGUGAUUUGUUCAGAAGUAUUUAAGCCACAACAGUAGAUUUGUCGACAUUUUAUUAAAAUAUUUCUUGCAACAGUUUCCUACAGUGUUCAUCUUUAAAGAAAUGUCCAACGAUUCUGCUUUCAAAAUGUAAUUUUGAUUUACUUGAAUAAAUUACAAUGAAAUGCA